UUUUAUUUUAUUUUCCAAUCUUUUGUAUACUUAUAAUUUCCAAAACCAAAUAAAUCAGAAUUCCCUCAGAAUUUCUCUCAAAUUUCCUUGUUCUUUCUCCCUUUCAUCACGCUUAGUUAAAAUCCUGGGUUUUGCAUAUUCAUCUUUAAUUAACUUUAAUCGGGAUUGAAUUGAAUUGCUUCGUCUAUCAUCAAAAUUCUGCUCUGUUCAUCAGGAUCUAAUUGGCAAUUCCGCUCUGAAUUUGUAUAAGGAAUCUUUAACUUGUUAAGCAUAUAAUAAAGAAGUGAUGGCUAAUCAAAAUGUAUCAGCACAUAUGGUGGUACCCACUGAUUCAUCUGAACUGAGAAGAAUGACAAGUUCGGCAGAUUUUGGCAUGCACAGAGUUCAACCUCUGCCAAUCCAGCAAAACAGAAGCUCUUUGGAUGGUCCUGUAGCUAUCCUUUGGGACAUUGAGAACUGCCCUGUUCCAAGUGAUGUUCGCUCUGAAGAUGUAGCUGGUAAUAUCAGAAUGGCUUUACGGGUACAUAAUGUAAUUAAAGGCGCUGUUAUGAUGUUUUCUGCAUAUGGGGAUUUUAAUUCCUUCCCUAGGAGACUCAGAGAGGGCUGCCAGAGAACUGGUGUUAAACUCAUUGAUGUUCCGAAUGGUAGAAAGGAUGCUGCCGAUAAAGCCAUUUUGGUGGACAUGUUUCUUUUUGCCCUUGACAACCCGCCGCCUUCUUCCAUUGUGCUUAUAUCCGGGGAUGUUGAUUUCGCUCCAGCUCUCCACAUACUUGGUCAACGUGGAUAUACAGUGGUCCUUGUUAUCCCUUCUGGGGUAGGUGUUUCAUCUGCUUUGAGCAAUGCUGGAAAAUUCAUUUGGGACUGGCCUAGUGUAGCUCGGGGAGAAGGCUAUUUACCCCCCUCAAAAGCUUUAAUGCCUCCUUAUACAGGAGCAGCUGAUAUUUCUGCUUAUCUCAUGGGGUGCCAUGUAAAUGAAAACGGUGAUGGCCAGAACGAAGAAGAGGCAAUAGUAUACAGAGGAUACUCGCAAAGCUAUUAUAACUCGAGAGAUUUCUCUUUAGUAUCUCAGUCCUUGUCUGAACACAAUAGUUCUUCAAUAAAUAUGCCUUAUUUCCCCACUAGUAUAAGAUCACAGAGUCUUCCAUCUUCUCUAAAUGAAACUUUAGCAGGCCCUGUAUUCUACGACGACCAAUAUAACUCUCCUAUGUGGGUACAACCUGGGGACAUAAAUGGUCUGAAGGUACAAUUGGUGAAGUUACUUGAACUUUCAGGAGGAUGUUUGCCUCUUACUCGUGUUCCUGCCGACUACCAGAAGCUUUAUGGACGGCCUCUCUAUGUAUCGGAGUAUGGGGCAAUCAAGCUGGUGAAUCUUUUCAAGAAAAUGAGUGAUGCGUUGGCCGUAGAUGGAAAGGGCCAAAAGAAGUUUGUUUACCUUCGAAGCUGGAAAGUAAGCCCGAGCGCACCUCCUUUUGUUUUAUCAAGAAAAGAUAAGAAAGGAAAGGGUUCUCAGGAGGAAAGCUUAGAUGUUACAACUGGGGCUGGCUCCUCAGACGAGUUCUCAGACGAGGAAAGGGUAGUAGUUGAGGAACAAGAAGAUAGGAGGCACCAAAGUAAGAGUAGUACUGGGACAAUAGCCUGUUAUGAAGUUACACAAAAUCUUGAGCAAUUUAAGUAUGAGUUGCAAGAUAUUUUAGUGAGCUAUUCUUGUCGAAUUUUCGUUGGCUGUUUUGAGGCAAUAUAUCAGCAACGUUACAAGAAACCACUAGACUAUCAACGAUUUGGUGUUAACCAGCUGGAAGAGCUUUUUAAUAAGGUGACUGAUGUUGUUGUUUUAAAUGAAGAACCAGUAACCAAGAGGAAAUUCCUGGCUGCAGUUAGCGGCUAAUACGAGUCAAAUUCCGCAGUGCUAUAUUUUCCGGAAAAGGAGAUGGUCGAUGGUUGUACAACGGCUUUCAUGCCUGAAGGAGUUUCCACCACCGCAUUAUAAACGGAGGCAGUAUCUGCUACAUUCGUCAGCACCCUCUUGAAUGUGGAGGCAGUUGUAUUCGUGUUGUUCAAGAUAAGCAUGAAAGACGGAUAGUUGAGAUCGAAACUUGCAUAUCCACAAGUAAAAUUUGAUGUUCCUACUAUGAUUUGAAUCUGCUGACUUGUGUAGUUCACUGCACACAAGUAAUUGAUGUAAUCUUCCACUUGAAUGUCAUACACUAGACCAGGAUCCAUGGCUUUGUUAGGAUCCACAUGUCCUGCUCCGAAAUCAAGUGGUGUGCCAGCAACUCCUGUAGUCAUAUCAAUGAUAACACCGUUUGUAUUGUCCUUGAUGUAAGCGGUAGUCAUCAUUGCAGAUCGAAUUGCUGCCGGGCUCCAGUCACGGUGGGUGGCUUUGAGCAAUGCAGCUAUGCCUGCCGUAUGGGGGCAUGACAUGGAUGUGCCGGAGACAAUAGCAUAAUCAGUCUGCAGGUAAUCAUCCUCGCGAAUGGGAGCAAAUCCUCUGUUCGGAACCCAUGCUGCUAAAAUAUGAUAACCGGGAGCCAAUAUAUCCGGCUUAAGAAUCCAUGGGGAUCUCCGGUCAGGUCCUCUAGACGAAAAGUAGGCAACUUUUGGAGCUGGUUUGGUGCCUAGUAUAGUUUUACCAAACUCAAUACUAACUGUUGCAUUUGUUGUGUUCAGUAUAUAUUGCUUGAUCA